UAUUAGUGAGAUAACUUAUUCUAAUUGGUUUAUAUAAAAUAAAGCAUCAAAUACAAUAAAUAUAUUUGUGCUGUGUUCUGUUAAAUGAGAUUGCAUCGUGAUUGUUGAAAGGCAUUAGUGAUAUCGAAAUUACGGCGAUGUCUAUGUCGACUAAUUUCUGUUUAGGUUUCCUUACAAUAAUCGUUACUUGUAUUAUUUUAUCCAGCAGCAACAAUGUACAAGCUAGUGAAAAUGAUGCCGAAAGCAUUACAAAAAUUGGACAAGGUGUGGGUCAUAUUAUGAACAUAUAUUACUGUUAUUCUUGCGGAUAUAGAAAAGUAUUUGAAGAUUAUGCGGGGAUAAUUCAACAAAAGUACCCAGAAAUAUCUGUCAUCGGAGCCAACUAUGAUCCUCCCGGUUUAAAUAUGUAUCUAUCGCGACUGAUAGGUUUUGGGAAGAUGAUACUGAUCAUGUGCAUACUUAGUGGAGUCAACAUCUUUGCUUGGUUGAAUAAACCACAGCCUGCUUGGUGGAGUUGGUGCCUUGAGAACAAACUGUAUGCUUGCAUGAUGAUGUUUUUCUUAGCUAACAUGGUUGAGGGCCAGUUAGUAUCAUCUGGUGCAUUUGAAAUAUCCUUAAACAACAUUCCAUUGUGGUCUAAGUUAGAUACAGGAAGGAUCCCUCAGCCACCUGAGCUGUUCCAAAUAAUUGACAAUACAUUACAGUUCUCAAAAAUGGAAUUGUCCAAUAAUAACUUUGUGCAAUAAUAAUUUCAAGUUGCAUUUUUAUGUAUUGUUUGUAAAUGGGACUGAGGUUUAUAAGAUAAAUAGGGUGAAAUAUAGCUAAAAUCGUUAAAAAAAUCAUUUAAAAUAGCCAAUCAAGUUCAGAUAAUUAUUGGAAAGAUUUCUAAUAAUUAU